CCCUGCCUGAAAAUGUUAGAAAAUUUUUACCUGGCAUCUCUGGUGUUAAUGUCUCCUUGGAAAUUUUUAAUUUGAUAAGCUGUCUGGAGCAUUCGAAAUGUCCUGCAUUGUACCAACUUGUGAUAGCUACGGGGAAGAGUUGAUGCGCUUCCCAAAAGUUUCUAUGCUCUCGGAACGCUGGCUCGAAGCGAUUCAAGUAGGUACCGGAUUGGUAAUAGAAUCUGUAUACGAUCUAGAACAUCUGCAGAUUUGUCAUUCACACUUUCCAAAGGCGGAAAGUUCCAUACUCGAUGAUUCUGGUUACCGAGAGCCGAGCAUAUUUAAGAAUUGUGACGGGAUUUGCAUUGAAGUCAGCUGUUGCCGGCUGUGUUUGGAAUUCUAUAACAGAGAUGCAAUGAUCGGGUUGGACUCUUUCGUUGGAGAGAAGCAGCUUAAAUGCCAUAUUGAUGAAUUAUUCAAUAUAAACUUCCAAAAUGACGAUUUUUUUACACUUGUUUGUCAGCAAUGUUUAGUACGAAUUGAGAUAGCGAUGAAAAUUAAACAAAACUCGAUUACUAACGAACUCGCAUACCAUGAGUUGAUACGAACAGCCCAGGAACAUAGCUUUGUGGUUUUAAAGGAAGAACCUAAUUUAUCCCCGGAUAAUAUUGUCAAAGAAGAAGUGUAUUUGGAGGAUUGGCUUGAUCCGGAGCAAUUACCCGGCGAUAACCACGAUGAUGAUGAUGAUGAUGUUAUGGAACCGAUAGAAACAGAGCGGUCUCCAAAGAUUAGGAAAACUCGAAGAGGUCGAAUUCCAAAACAUGAGAGGGGACCACGGAAGAAACCACCUGGUACUGUUAUGGACAAUUUGAAGCGAAAAUGUUACAUCUGCGUUAAGUUUUUCCCGGAUGCCAAUGCGUUGGUAUCGCAUCUUACAGAAACGCAUACCACGAACUCUGUUUAUCGAUGUGAGGAAUGUUCAAUUGAUAUUCCCGUUUUGACGACGUACAAUCGCCAUCUGAGCCGGCACGAUGAAACGGAAAGGCCAAACAAGUGCAGUGAUUGUCCACUGCGGUUCAAAUCAACUAUGCAGUUAAAAAUUCAUGAAAAUAUGAUCCAUGGAGCGAACCACAAGAUCAAACUGAGCGAACAAAAAGAAUCAGUUAUAAUUUGCGAGAUUUGCGGCCACAAGUUUAGCCACAAAGGCAAACUCAAUGAUCACAUUCAGCGAGUUCAUCUGAAAAUAGGAAUACCAAAAUGCGACAUAUGUAGCAAAACUUUCACUACCAGAAGUAGUCUCGAGCGGCAUAUGAUUUCACAUUCGGACGUAAAACCGUACGCUUGCGAUCAAUGCGACCAGAGCUAUCGACGAUUGCUGCUAUUGCGACAGCAUAAGAGCUUAGUCCACGAGGGCAAAAAUCCACACGUUUGUACCGAAUGUGGCAAAGAGUACAGAGGGUCUCAAGCUUUGUAUUUCCAUCGAUUAAAAGUUCAUUUAGGUAGACAGCGUCCUAAAUCUCGUCAUGCUCGAUCUGAGAUUUGCAAACUGUGCAACGAUCCAUUCCCAAAGCUCAGUGCAUUGGCCGAGCACAUCAAGCAGGAACACGACAAUGAGAAAUAUCCUUUCAUUCAAUGUGCGGAAUGUCCCAAAACCUUCCUAUCCGCGCAGAAACUAUCGCAACAUAAACCAAUUCACACUGAUAAAUAUGCUUGCACGAAAUGCAAUAUACGCUAUUCUAAUAGAACACAGAUGCAGCACCACAUGGACCUCAAGCACCCGGACGGGCGCAAGUUCGAAUGUCAUUUCUGUGGAAAAUCGUACAACACCACACGUGCAUUAUCGAUACAUAUCGGGCUUCACACCAAGGAAAAGAGAUUCCAUUGUGAGUUUUGCCAGAAGGCCUUCUCGCGCAACUGUGAACUGAUCAUUCACAGACGUCUCCACACGGGGGAAAAGCCGUUCCAAUGCAUCGGAUGCCUCAAACGAUUCAGUGACGAUGGAACAUUUUAUAAGCACAAGAAGAUCUGCAAAGCGUUAAAAGCAAAAACCGAGUAGCAAUUAAUCAGAUAUGAUGAAAGAUUUAGAUAAUAAAGUAA